AUAAUUAAUCCAAGCCCAGACUUGCUGAAUAACUUCCUUGUUCCUUGUUCCCUAAACUGAAAGGAAUAAAGUGCAGAGAGGAAGAAAUGUACCUGUAACCUGCAGCCAUGGAUGACAACUGGACGGACCGUUUGGGGAGGCGUGACGAUGAAACAGAGCCCACUUGGGGUGGCCGGGGACCCCCGUCUCUAUUUCUCCAGCUGCCAAGCAACCAGACGCUACGCUUGCGGGGCAACAAGGCAGUGGAUUGGGGAGCAGCUUGGGAAGGGGCUUCAGAGCCUACAGUUGAUCCCCAAGAACUGAUCCCAGAAUUUGUGCCAGGCGAGGAAGAGGAAGACAGCAAGCCUCUGAAAGAGCUGCCCCUUUCGCUUGCGGAGAAAAGAAAACUCAGAGCUCUGCAAGAACAGGCAGCCAGCAGGCUCACUGGUUGGGAUCUAUGGCGUGUGGAGAAACAGCGGACACUGCGUCGCCUCAGGAACCAAGCAGGGAAUGCCUUCUCAUAUGCAGAGAUGUGGCGGAGUUCCCUGCACCACAUUGGAGGCCAUUUUGGAACAGGGAUCCAGUCCUACUUUAACUUCCUGCGCUUCUUGGUUCUGAUGAAUUUCGUGGCCUCUCUGCUGGUGGUGGGAUUCGUGGUCGCUCCAAACGCAGCAUUUGAGAGCUUACACCUCAAUUGGACAAGUCAACACAACAACAGUUCGGUGAAUGAAUCUUGUCUGCGCUACGAUCCGUCCCCAAAAGGCUUGGUCAGCUACUUUUCCUACAUCAUGAAUCUUCUGUCAGGCCAGGGGUUCAUGGAGCUCACCUACUUGUUCUAUGGCUACUACCAAAAUUCAGCGGUUGAUUUUGUGGGCUUCUCAUACAAUGUCCCACUUGCAUAUCUGCUCACAGUUUUCUUCUACCUCCUCUUCUGCCUGGCAUGGAUUGUCCGGAGAUCAGUCUACUGUCUCAAACGCAGCCUGGUUAGUGAAGAUGCUUCCUUUGGAUCGUAUAGUGACAAAGUCUUUGCUGGCUGGGACUUUGGCCUGAUGCAAGAGAAGAUGGUGAAGUUAAGGCACAGGAGUAUUCGCUAUGAACUGAAGAUGGAUUUAGAGGAGGCCGCGCUCCGCAAGCACCAGGCAGAACAAACCACAUCUCAGCGAGUCUGUCUUUAUGCUCUCAGAGGUCUGGUCAACGUCAUUGUGUUGGGGCUAUUGGGAGCAUCCUUUUAUUGUAUCUACCGGGCAACAGACUAUUCUCAGUGGCUGCAGGGAAAGGAAGACUCCCCAGUCAAAGGUCAGUUCUUCCUGAAACUUCUGGUGGCUUAUCUCCCUUCGGUUGUCAUCACUCUCGCAAACCUCAUUGUCCCGAUCAUCUCCGAGAGCAUUGUUCGACUAGAGAAAUACCCUCUCAGCUUUGAAAUCAAAAUAACACUCCUCAGGAAUGUCUUCCUUCGUAUCGCAAGCCUGGUGGUUGUCCUGGUAUCACUCUGGGGCCAGAUUACCUGCAAUGGGGACCUGGAAAAUGCAGAUUGUCGUAACUGUGGCUACAAUAACACGUUAUACCUAUGCUGGGAGACCGCUGUGGGGCAGGAAAUGUACAAGCUGAUGAUCUUCGACUUGCUUAUUAUGCUGCUUGUUGUGAUGUUUGUAGAAUUCCCAAGAAAGAUGCUGGUGACUUUCUUGCCCUCCUGCCCAUUGCUGAAACUUUGGGGGCAGCAGGAGUUCAUGGUGCCCUCCAAUGUGUUGGACCUGGUCUAUGGGCAGACCUUGUGCUGGACUGGGGCUCUUUUCUGCCCCCUUCUGCCUGUGCUCAACACUAUCAAAUAUAUCGCUGUCUUCUACCUGAAAAAGCUCACCCUCUUUUCCAAUUGCCGUCCUGCUGACCGGACCUUCCGUGCCUCCAGCUCCAACUUCUUCUUUCUCUUGGUCUUACUUCUGGGCCUGAUAAUUUCUUGCGUUCCUGCCUUAUACAGCAUGUUUGUAAUACAUCCUUCAGAAGCCUGUGGCCCGUUCCGGGGCGAGCCCGCCAUGUGGAACACCGUCAGCAGCGCCAUAUCAGAAUUGCCCAAAAUGGCCAGGAACUUCUUCAGAUUUGUGGGUUCCCUGGCAUUCGCUGUCCCUUUGUUCCUGCUACUGAGUAUCCUCAUGUUCUAUCUCAAGGCACUGGCUGACUCCUACAGCUCUGUGGUCAAAGGCCUUAAAGGACAGCUCCGUCUGGAGGGCCAAGACAAACUCUUCCUGGUGAAACAGAUCUCUGAGCUGAGCCAGUGAGACAGAAGAUGGUAGAACAAGAUGCAUUUAUUUCUUCAGAUGGGUGUUUUAUUGUACAGUUCCUAACAAUCAGUUCAUUUCUUCGAUACUCAAAGUCCUCAUUUCAUAGAAUCAUAGAAUAGCAGAGUUGGAAGAGAUCACAUGGGCCAUCUAGUCAAGCCCCCUGACCCCUAUGAACCGGUGCCUGCUCUAAGAUCUUCUGGGGAGGCCCUUCUCUCGCUCCUGCCGCUAUCACAAACACUGUUCGUGGGGAUGAGGGAGAGGCCUUCUCGAUGGUGGCUCCCUGGCUCUGGAACGCCUUUCCCAGAGAGAUCAGAUUAGCCCCAUUCUAUCCUCGUUUCAUAAGGAUUUGAAAACCUGGUGGUUUCAUGAGAUCUUUGAGUAGAGCUCCUGUAGCCUUCCCAGCUAUUCUCUUACUUAGCACUUUACCCACUUCCUUGCCCACUCUGUACCGUAGCACCUGACACGCCUAGCACCUUAUGGUUGGCCACCCCAAUGCUGAAUCCUGAUCAUUGUAUCUGGGUUAUUGAUGGAGUUUUUGUCAUUAGGGUUUUAAAUUCUUGUUACUGAUUAUAUGUCUUAUUCAUUUA